AGAAGAAACUUUGGUUAAUGAAUUAUUAGUUUAAACUCUUUAAAAGCUGAAGAAAAAAGGGGAAAUUUUGGAUUAAGCAUUAAGGAAGAGAUUGAAAUCUUUGAAGAGAGGAUGCCUCUGACACACAAGAAUAUCUUCAAAGGCUGGGGACUGUUCUAAGUUUUUAUGCUUUGUUUUUCUCUCUCUUCUCUUCUUUUCUCUUUCCUUUCUUAAUUUUUGUUAUAUAUAUCAAGCUUUUGUGUCUUCAAAAAUGGCUACCGUACUUCAUAGAACUACGUUCGGUUCUAUCGUUUAUUCGUAUUUCCUACGUUGUUUUGGAAAUUCCCAUAAUCAUAACAGUAAUCUUCAUCUCCAUCAUCAUCAUCACAAAAGCUUCAAUCAUAUCUUCUUCAAUAACAUGCCAAAGCCAAAACCUCUUUCCUUGCAGACUGUUGAAUUAAAAGUCAGGAUGUGCUGCACUGGUUGUGAAAGGGUCGUUAAAGAUGCGAUCUACAAACUUAGAGGAGUUGACUCGGUUGAGGUGAACUUAGAGCUAGAGAAGGUGACGGUGAUUGGGUAUGUCGACCGAAACAAGGUACUAAAGGUGGUUCGUAGGGCCGGGAAGAGGGCAGAGUUCUGGCCAUAUCCAGAGCCACCAUUGUACUUUACAUCAGCAACGGAUUACUUUAAAGAUACAACCCAUGAGUUCAAAGAGAGCUAUAACUAUUAUAGACAUGGAUAUAAUGUUGGGGAGAAGCACGGAACGAUUCCGAUGUCUCAUCGUGGUGAUGACAAAGUGAGUAACAUGUUCAAUGAUGACAAUGUCAAUGCUUGUCAUGUCAUGUAAAUAUAUAAUUAGAUAUGAAUGUGAGCCCUAGCUUAAAAAAAUGGGGCUUAAGUCAAUGUACGUGCUUUGUAUAUCUUGGAAUAUGAAAGGGUUGAUGAUCUCUCUUGUUGUUUCUAAGUGAUCUGCACAAUGUGUAAAAUGCAGUUUAAUUAAUUGUUCCUUUGUUUUUCCUUUUAUUUCUGGGCUUGAAUUUA